AUGAGCAGGGGGAGGGAGCAGCAGCGUGAGGCGGCGGUGACCGGGCAGUGCCGCGGCAGUGCAAUGGCGCUUCCGCGGCGCGGGCGCUGGUUCGACGACGAGGCGCCCACCACGACGCGGGCGGGGCGCGCGGGGUGGAGGUGCCGGUCGUUCGCGGCGGCGGUGAUCGCGGACUGCGUCGCGCUGGGCUGCUGCCCGUGCGCGGUCGUCAGCCUGCUGGGCCUCCUGCUCGUCAAGGCCCCGCUCGUCGUUGGCCGGCGCUGCGUCGGCCGGCUCAGGAGGCGGAGGCGGAGGCGGUUGCUGCUGCACAAGAAGCGGGUGCGCGACGUCGCGGCCUCCGCGACCACGACGACCACCACCACGGACGACAGCAAGAAGAGCGCGAAGGCGGAGGCCGCGCCCGGCGUGGGGACGCCGGACGCCGCUGGCGCGGUGGCUGUGGCGGCGAGCGCGUCGGGUGCUGAGGCAGAGCUGGCGUGGCUGGAGGAGAUGUACCGGGUGGGGCACUGGGGCUUCGGCGUGCCGGAGAGAACCCCGUGA